GCUCUUGGCAUUGCACGCAUUCAACAGAUUUUGCCAAAUCUUUACCUCUCAUUAGGGUUUCUCAAUUUCCGCGGCUGACGUACGACAACCGCAGGGACGGACCUUGAAGAUUACGCGCAAAUCUUUCCUGGACUUCUCUUGUCUGUCGAUAUCGGUGCUUUUUCGAUCUUGAAUUAUCCGUUUGAGGUUUUUAAUCGGUUGAUUAGGUGAAGGAUGCCGCCGAAAACGACGAGGAGAACCGCAGCGGGGCCGGGGAGCAAGCGAGCUGCGCGGGGACGAGGAGCGAGGGCGCAGGCUCGGAUCCACUUGGAGGAACCGAAAGUGGAGGAGGAAGAUAGUCGUGUUGCGGAAGGGGAGAAAGUCGAGGAAGAAAAGGCACCGUUUGUUGAGGAGGAGAUCGAACCCGAGGAAAGGGUGAAGACGCCGGAGAAAUUGGGGGCAGAAAAGGACGAUGCUUCAGCGAAGAACUUUGAUGCAAAAGAAUCAAUAGAUGAGUUUGAAAAAGAUGAACGAUUAGACUUGGAGGAUAAUGAUGCUGAAUAUGAAACUGAAGAUUAUGGUGCUCCUUAUUAUGAUGAGAAGGAAAUUGGGCCGGAUCCUCGGCGAAAAGGAGGUGAUGUAAUAGAAGAGGAUCCUGAUGAAGUUGAUGUUGAUGAGGAAGAGGGAAAUGUGGUUGAAGAAGAAAUUGAAGGCGUGCCUGAAGACCUUGAGCAGGAGGAAGAUGAUCAGCAUGCAGGGCAGGACCAUACUGAGAUGGCUGAUGUUGCUGAGGAAGAGGAACACCAUGAUGUUGUUAAAGAACGACGCAAGCGGAAGGAGUAUGAAGUUUUUGUUGGUGGGUUAGAUAAGGAUGCUACUGAGAGCGAUCUGAGGAAAGUUUUCAGUGAAGUUGGUGAAGUUACUGAAGUCAGACUAAUGAUGAACCCUCAGACAAAGAAAAACAAGGGUUUCGCAUUUUUGCGAUUUGCAACUGUGGAGCAAGCAAAAAGAGCUUGUUCUGAACUGAAAAACCCAGUGGUUCAUGGAAAGCAGUGUGGAGUUACCCCGAGCCAGGACAGUGAUACUCUAUUUUUAGGUAACAUAUGCAGGACAUGGACAAAAGAAGCUUUGAAGGACAAGUUGAAGCAUUAUGGCAUUGGGAAUAUUGAGGAUCUGACAUUGGUUGAAGAUAGUAACAAUGUGGGAAUGAAUCGAGGCUUUGCUUUCUUAGAGUUUUCCUCAAGAUCUGAUGCCAUGGAUGCUUUUAAGCGUCUACAGAAGCGGGAUGUAGUCUUUGGAGUGGAUAGGCCUGCUAAGGUUUCCUUUGCAGAUUCAUUCAUUGAUCCUGGUGACGAAAUCAUGGCCCAGGUAAAAACUGUAUUUGUGGAUGGCAUUUCUGCUGCUUGGGAUGAGGAAGAUGUUAAGGAUCUUCUCAAAAAAUAUGGGGAGAUUGAAAAGGUUGAGCUUGCUCGCAAUAUGCCAUCUGCGAGGAGAAAGGAUUUUGGAUUUGUUACCUUUGAUACCCAUGAUGCUGCUGUGAUAUGUGCUAAAAGCAUCAAUAAUGAGGAGUUGGGUGAAGGGAAUCACAAGGCUAAAGUUAGGGCAAGAUUGUCUAGACCACUUCAGAGAGGCAAGGGAAAACAUGCUGCUCGUGGAGAUUUUCGGCCUCCACGUGGGUCAGUUCGAGAUGUUAGGAGCUCAUGGAGUCGUCCUGCGCCACGUAGUGUACCUGUUCGUGGUCCUAGAGGAAUUGGGUCACGACUCCCUCCUGUUGAUGAACAUGGAUUCAAAAGAUCAGCAGCUGUUCGAGAUAGAAGAACAGUUAUGGAUGUUCCUCCUCCAAGGAGCAGGCCUGUUGCACCCUUGCCGAGGUCCUAUGAUAGGAGACCCCCACCUGUUCCUUCAUACCCCAAGAGUGGCUUUAAGAGAGAUUAUGGCCAUCGUGAAGAUUUUCACCCUAGAAGUAGAACUGUGAUAGACUAUGAUACUAGAAUGACUUCUGAUAGACGCCCACCUUAUCGAGAUGAGUAUUCUCGUGGAUCUGGUUACCCGGAUUUACCCAGAGGUGGUGCGCCAAGAUCUAAUUCUAGAAGAGCUUAUGUUGAUGAUAGCUAUAGUCAGAGGUAUGAAAGGCCACCUCCGACUUACCGCGAGGGACGCCCGCGUGACUAUGAUUCUAUGUCUGGUUCCAAACGUCCUUAUGCUGCUGUGGAUGAUGCACCUCCACGGUAUUCUGAUGCUGGAGUUCGUCAUUCUCGUGCUCGGUUGGAGUAUGACCUUGGUAGCAGUUCUGCACAUUAUGGAGAUGCUUACGGUGACAGGCUUGGGAGAUCAAACCUUGGAUAUGGUGGAAGUCGAAGCUCUUUGUCCAGCCAAGAUUCACAUGGUCUAUAUAGUAGUCGGCAGGGUAUGGGUUACAGUGGAGGUUCUUACAGUAGCAGUGAUGUUGGCGGGAUGUAUUCAUCAAGUUAUGGUGGUGAUUAUAUGCCUCGUGGGGGUGAUGUUGGUGGUAGCUCCUACUCAUCACUCUAUCCUGGACGUGGUUUAGGAGGUAUGGGAAGUGGUGGUUCUGGGUCAUAUUAUUGAGAUUGGAAUUGGGAAGAAGCUGCUCUAGGAUGUUGGUUAUUCGAAGUUGGAUAUUAAUGCUUGCCUUUCCCGAUGGAGCAUUUAAUUUGGAUAUGGAAAACCCCAUGUAUCGAGAGACUGAAACUCUGGGACAGAUUUUUGGUGCUUUGAUGUACCAAACUUUUUAAAGGAUGUAUGUUGGAUUUUAUCACCCUCUUUUUAUAUGCUGUAAGGUCACUGAGAUUUUCAGAACACAAAGGAGACAUCUUCAGCAUGUGAUGUUUUAAUAACAUUUGUGUGUUUUGAUGACUGCUGCUUAUUAUUUCAAGUGAAAGAUGUGGAAAGUAAACUUUUUUCUGUCUGGAAGGUAACACUCUGGAGAAGUUCAGAGGUGUUUGAUCCGUGGCAUUGGGCGCCACAAACUUUGGUUGAGCUAGAUCUAGUUUUGCAUUAUGUUUAUAUGGUUCCAAUCUGUUUGUGAUCUACGCCAGAUGAUUUUCUUUCAAGUUUUGUGUUUCUGGAGUAUUAUAAUUUGGAAAUGGUGACAGUUGGUUUGUUGAAGAUGUUGUCUAUUCUCCAAAAGUUGGAAGUUUACAUUUUUAUGGUUAAUUAUCAGCGGGGCGAACCAUUACUCAGAAACAAGUUGUCCACUUUAGAAGCUGCUUUCAUUUCCUUUAUCAGAAUUGACAUGAAACUUUUUAAGAUGGUAUUAUUCUUUGUUGGGCACGGUUUCGGAGAUUAAGUAUCUACUUGAGUUCUCUAAACUCUUUGGUUGAUGGUGUUUGUUGUAAAAAAACUACUAGCUUAUGUUUGGAAGAAACCCAAAAACUGAGUUCUCCUCGCUGGAAACCUAGCCUAACUCGUGCAAGUAUCGUAUUUGCCUUGUUGUGGUUAAGUUUAUUGGUUGGUUACCAUUUUGUUUUUUGGAUCCUUAUUGGACUGAUUUGUUGAAGUGACCUUCCUGGAAUCAUGAUUUUUGCGUAGUUUUGAGUAAUGGGUUUAGUCCAACACUCUUAAAGGAGCUUUUGUUUUCUAUAUUUUUUAAUCGGAGUUGUGGACAUUGCUUUAAACAUGGUUGCCAUUAGGUUAGUAUGAUCAUAAGAACUGAAACGCAUGAGAGAGAUUUCUCAAAUUAGGCUCUAGACUGUUGGUAUUACUCGGUGUUAUAAUGUCAUUUGAGUUUCUUUUGACGAGAGAUCACUGAAGGUACUCUCAUCAUUAGAUAUAUGUUGAUGUAUUGUGUCUAAUAGUUGGAUUCUUGGACAAUUACUUGCUAUAUAUCUAAAUAUACUGCCUAGAAGAUUAGAAUUACGGCACAAAGGAGGAAUUAGAAAAAUGGUUGGUGAUGCUCUGCUGCUGCUGAAUUGGGAAAAGUGUGAUCUUGCAAUGCAUUAUUAUUCUAUUGCUAGGUAUGUUGCGUCGAAAACAAGACUUGAAUUACUUGAUUCUGUUAGGUUACUCAAGGCCUGAGAGAUGUGACAUUAACAUUUUAUAGUAGGCUUCAUCUGAUCUUUUAAACUAGCAAAACUUUGAUGAGGUGCUUCUAGAAGUUGCGUGUGUGGGUCGAUGUUGGAUGGUUUAGUGCAGGGAUAUUGUUCGUGAGUCUUGUAGUAUGUACUUGGGAUGGCAAUGUUUUCCCUAUUCUGUCGGUUGGGGCGUUUGUUGUUUGGUUAUACCGGAGAUGGAACUCAAGGUGGGUGGAGUAGUUUGUAGGUCACUUGUUCAUGGAAGUAGAAUUGCUAUGUCAAAUAAUCUGAUCCUUUUUUUUUUUCUUAAAAAAAUAGAAAUUAUUUGAUUUUGAGAAUGUUUUCGAUUCAUUUUUUUGGGGGGGCUAAAAUGAUAACAUAUCUUCACGCUAGAAUGGUAUCGUAUUUUUGGCUUUGUUAAGCAUUUUCUGUGGCAGCGAAGAAUGCUGCCUUUAAUGUAGUCUGCAUGUUUUGUUUGGUUGAUUAAUUUCAUUGGAAAACCAUAUUGUAUGUCCUGAGACAAUUUUAAUCUAAAUGUUUGUAACA